UAGAGGAGUGUGGCCUUAGACUCAAACGACGGCUAAUCGCCUACAGCCACCGUCUUUCGCCUUAAGCCACCGUCGUUCGCUCCUAUUCGUCCAGACUCCAGCCGCGCCACCGCCGUCCACCUCAAUACCGUCGGCUGUUUAUAUCUCGGUAAACAAUAGACAUUGAAUCUUAUUCUCAAUUUUUUCUGUUUAAGAUCAUAUUUCGUUUAAUUCAGCAUCUGCAUCGAGAAAUUUCAAUCUUUUGCUGCAUACUAUAUUCAAAUUCAGAAAUUAAAUGGAGCUAUAAUUGGGGAUAAUUUGAGCUAUAGGUUUAUAGUAUCUAUAAUACCUUUUGUAUUAGGUUUUGAAUCGAUUGAAACCGCUGUGAUCUAGUUCAUUUCUGUGUUCUUGCUUUGUUUUGUUAUUUUCAAUUUAAUGUGAUGGCUUUCACUGAUUAGGUGUUUUAGCUUUUCAUAUCUGUGUAAGCUACUAGGAUUCUUGAAGUUUGUCGACAAAAAUUAGUUAUUUUAUUGUUUCUGUUUAGUCAUGUGGUGAUCACACUUGAUCUGUUUCUUCUUUGAUUGCAUAUUUUUUUAAUAUUCUGUCUAUUUUUUUUAGUUUGUGAUUGAAAAUUGCAAGGAGAGGCAUAGAGAUACUUGCCCAAACACCAAUUCUAUAUGUGGAUGAUGAUUAUUAGGGCAUGCGCUAACAUCUGAUCUCUCUUGCUCUUUUAUUCAUAUGUAUAUCUUUGUAUCCAUAUCUAAUGUCCUGAAUCAUUUUGUUUCUGGACAUCUCGUUUUGAGGGCAGAAAUUAACAUAGGGAACAGGUCUUGCGACACAUAUAGCUUCUUAAUUAAUAAACUUUCUGUUACUUUAAUCCUACCAAUAUAUUUCCUCAGUGAAAAGUUGAAUUUUUUUCAUAAUAGUCUAAUUGUUUCGAUGUUAAACAUAUACAGUGUUUUGCGGGUCGGUCCGGGGCGAUGAGACUAGAAUCCGGGUUGUGGGUCGAUGGGACAUAGUCUAAUUUGUUGUUUAUAUAACUUUUAUUUUACUCCGGGGCCUGAGCUUUGCUCUUGGUGUUCUAACAUAUGCUUUACUCAUCCAUUUGUGUUUCUGUUUCUGUUCUAACGUUUGGUCCUUCGCCAUCUCCCGUUGUCACUGGAAUUGUCUUCUCCGAUGGUCUCAUCGCUUGAUUCUGCAAGCUCAUGGCAGUUAUUACUUGCAUCAGCUUGUCAAAUCGAGCAUCGGUCCUUGUGGUUUUUUCUCGAGCUUCUUGCCGCUGUUCCAUCGUCUGCUUGUGAAGGAUCUCCUGCCUCUGACUCAACUCCUGCAGCAUUUCUGCCAUGUGUGUGUGACCGUGUUGUCAUGGCCAAGGAUGAAGGGCUCUGGAUACCAGUUGAUGAAGCUUAAAUUCUCUCUAAUUGAACUAAGAAAUAUAGGAAUUAUAUUGAUGAAGAUGAAGAUAACAAAAUAGGAAAUACACGAUACUAGCAAGAGGAACCUCCAGAUUCACUCUAAACAAUUCAACACGCUACUUUCAUGCGUGAAUUGCAAAAAACCUUCAAUCAGUAUUGAAGCUAUGAUAUGAGCUCUUCUAAUGACUGCCACUCGUCACCUUCUCAUAAAUCCUGAAGAGCCGCUCCCUUAUUGGUAUUACGUUUUUAUCAGUAGCCACGCUUCCUCUUCUUAUUUUCCUCCUUUUCUUAUUUUCCUUCCUUUUCCUUAUUGAACUGAUCUGCACAAAUGAACUGCAUCAGUUACUUUCUUUGAUCCAUUUAAAUUGUCUCCAAAAGUCUCAGAUGUGCCCUUGGAGAGAAGUGACAGAUCGUGUUCGUACAACUUGUAUGUAAGUUUUGGCCUUGUUUUCUGAGUUUUUCAGUAUAAGUUGAAUACAAUGCAGCAGCAGAUUGGGAAGAGAGACGAUGAUCGUUCUACUAAAAAAGAUUGCUCUUGGUUUAUGGCAAUUGAGAAACAUGCUGUUUUAACUGAAGUGAGGGGCUUUGGUGAUCACCAUUUUGAUAAAACAAGAUGUUUGCAGAUGGGACAACUACGUCGUGAACGGUGCAUUGCGAUGAAACUGUCUGAUAUUUACUUUCGUUAUAUUACCUGCCGUCAUGUUUCCGGGCGUUUUAUUCCCGAGUGUUAUAUUAUCGGGCAUUCUUGUUGGUCUUCUUCGCCAUUGGGGCCUUGCAUCCUGGCUCGCAGUAUUACUAAGGGUCCACCUUUCUAUGUCAUGGACAUUGUUAGAUACAAAUGCAUGUUGUCUUGUGCCCAUGAUAAAGAUGAAAUGGUGGCAAUAGAAGGAUUCCGGUCACUGGCAAGGGUGGUAGGCAUAGGUAUUCCUGAGCUUAAAGCUGCCAUAGAUGUCAUGCGCGGAAUUCUUCGUGUUUCUCACAGGCCUGUGUUGAGGUUUAGUGCUUUCAGGGCAUUGCAGAAGGUGGGGAUGGCGCAUAAUGUGGUAUGGACAACUCCCGAGGAUCAUAUAGCAAUUGGUUUGGAUGUGAAUGUAUAUAACUUAUAUAACCAUCGAGACAAUGAGCCAGAAGCUGAACAAGUAUCUCAAGUCAUUAAAUCUCAAUCAUUUGCAGUCAAGGAAAGCUUCAACCCAUCACUGCAACCUUAGGAGUAGGCUCGUGAUUGAGAAUCGUCCAAGCACAAUGUGUAAUUAAUUAGUAUAUGUUUCUACGACAUUCAGUUUGAUCCUAUGAGGUGGAGAAACAAUUGGAUAUGUGACUAAGAGAGAGAGAGAUCAGUUUUCAUCAUGUACUCUCUGUCCCACCUUAGUUGCAAUCUUUCACAAUGGAAUCUUUAUUUUUGGCACAGAUUUAAAAA